ACACAAAGCCCAGACGCGGAGAAAAUGGCGGCAGGGGUCGAAGCGGCGGCGGAGGUGGCGGCGACGGAGAUCAAAAUGGAGGAAGAGAGCGGCGCGCCCGGCGUGCCGAGCGGCAACGGGGCUCCGGGCCCUAAGGGUGAAGGAGAACGACCUGCUCAGAAUGAGAAGAGGAAGGAGAAAAACAUAAAAAGAGGAGGCAAUCGCUUUGAGCCAUAUGCCAAUCCAACUAAAAGAUACAGAGCCUUCAUUACAAACAUACCUUUUGAUGUGAAAUGGCAGUCACUUAAAGACCUGGUUAAAGAAAAAGUUGGUGAGGUAACAUACGUGGAGCUCUUAAUGGACGCUGAAGGAAAGUCAAGGGUAAGUGUCUGAGAGAAUUUCUUCUGUGGAUUUACUACAUGAAAAAUGUAACUGUAUGGUGGCGUGGAAUCGAAUGAAAUCAGGAAGGCAGUGAGUGCUCAUGUUACAGUAGCUAUGUUUGAUUUUGCCAAACAUUUGAGUGGGGUGGGAGGGGAUUUGCAAAUGGGAGUCCCGCUUUUCCAAAUGGCUGGCCAAAGAGCUUUUUGGUAUUCUGUUUGGAUGCCCAAUUUGGAUAACUGGGGACCAAUAGCAGCAUUGUCUCUUUGUUAACAGAGGAAUUGGCUGUGUGUGAAUUAUGCAUGGAAUUUUAGCGGUGGUAUAAUUAAUGUAAAACGUGUGUUCUUGUCUAGAAAAUGUUACUCUUGGUUGUUUGCUGAAUUUGAAAGUUGUGUGAACCAAAGAUUCCGAAAAGUUGCCUUUGUGCCAGUAAAUUGUAAACCAAAUAUUAAAAACCUGAAUGUUCAAAAUUGGCCUAGUUUAAAGAGAACAUAAACUAUUUUCUGUCGUGCAAUAGAAUGGCUUAGAAUAAUCAAAAGGAUGAGCUUAACUUACGGAAGGGAUGGAUUUAGGAGGAAUAUGGUAAGGACUCGAUUGAGUACAGAGGGAAGCAGAUCUAAAGUUGGUGUGAUUUCUUGGAGACCCUGAAUUUAGGUCUGCUUAUUAAACGUCAGCAGCUCUAGUGCAAUGCUGGUAACGCGUAGGAGGAGAUAUUAAGGAGCCCAGCUUUUAACAAGGAAGGCGAGGCGAGGCACUUCUGUCAGCUUCCCCUUAGAAGGGUUCAUUUUAAAAGACUAACUUUGUGACAUAAAUCAUAUUUUUAGUUUGUUUAUAACUGUCAUUGGUAUUUACUAUUUUUUUCUUUUCUUUUUCCCCUUCCUUGCUCUUCUGACUGGUCUCUGGCUUCCUCCAAAGGGAUGUGCUGUUGUUGAAUUCAAGAUGGAAGAGAGCAUGAAAAAAGCUGCAGAAGUCCUAAACAAGCAUAGUCUGAGUGGAAGACCACUGAAAGUCAAAGAAGAUCCUGAUGGUGAACAUGCCAGGAGAGCAAUGCAAAAGGUGAUGGCUACGACUGGUGGGAUGGGUAUGGGACCAGGUGGCCCAGGAAUGAUUACUAUCCCACCCAGUAUCCUAAAUAAUCCCAACAUCCCAAAUGAGAUUAUCCAUGCAUUACAGGCUGGAAGACUUGGAAGCACAGUAUUUGUAGCAAAUCUGGAUUAUAAAGUUGGCUGGAAGAAACUGAAGGAAGUAUUUAGUAUGGCUGGUGUGGUGGUCCGAGCAGACAUUCUUGAAGAUAAAGAUGGAAAAAGUCGUGGAAUAGGCACUGUUACUUUUGAACAGUCCAUUGAAGCUGUGCAAGCUAUAUCUAUGUUCAAUGGCCAGCUGCUAUUUGAUAGACCAAUGCACGUCAAGAUGGAUGAGAGGGCCUUACCAAAAGGAGAUUUCUUCCCUCCUGAGCGUCCACAACAACUUCCCCAUGGCCUUGGUGGUAUUGGCAUGGGGUUAGGACCAGGAGGGCAACCCAUUGAUGCCAAUCACCUGAAUAAAGGCAUCGGAAUGGGAAACAUAGGUCCCGCAGGAAUGGGAAUGGAAGGCAUAGGAUUUGGAAUAAAUAAAAUGGGAGGAAUGGAGGGGCCCUUUGGUGGUGGUAUGGAAAACAUGGGUCGAUUUGGAUCUGGGAUGAACAUGGGCAGGAUAAAUGGUGGAGGUGGAGGAAGCGUCCCUGGGAUCGAGAGGAUGGGUCCUGGCAUUGACCGCCUCGGGGGUGCCGGCAUGGAGCGCAUGGGCGCGGGCCUGGGCCACGGCAUGGAUCGCGUGGGCUCCGAGAUCGAGCGCAUGGGCCUGGUCAUGGACCGCAUGGGCUCCGUGGAGCGCAUGGGCUCCGGCAUUGAGCGCAUGGGCCCGCUGGGCCUCGACCACAUGGCCUCCAGCAUUGAGCGCAUGGGCCAGACCAUGGAGCGCAUCGGCUCUGGCGUGGAGCGCAUGGGUGCCGGCAUGGGCUUCGGCCUUGAGCGCAUGGCUGCUCCUAUCGACCGUGUGGGCCAGACCAUUGAGCGCAUGGGCUCUGGCGUGGAGCGCAUGGGCCCUGCCAUCGAGCGCAUGGGCCUGAGCAUGGAGCGCAUGGUGCCUGCAGGUAUGGGAGCUGGCCUGGAGCGCAUGGGCCCCGUGAUGGAUCGCAUGGCCACCGGCCUGGAGCGCAUGGGCGCCAACAACCUGGAGCGGAUGGGCCUGGAGCGCAUGGGCGCCAACAGCCUCGAGCGCAUGGGCCUGGAGCGCAUGGGUGCCAACAGCCUCGAGCGCAUGGGCCCCGCCAUGGGCCCGGCCCUGGGCGCUGGCAUUGAGCGCAUGGGCCUGGCCAUGGGUGGCGGUGGCGGUGCCAGCUUUGACCGUGCCAUCGAGAUGGAGCGUGGCAACUUUGGAGGAAGCUUCGCAGGUUCCUUUGGUGGAGCUGGAGGCCAUGCUCCUGGGGUGGCCAGGAAGGCCUGCCAGAUAUUUGUGAGAAAUCUGCCAUUCGAUUUCACAUGGAAGAUGCUAAAGGACAAAUUCAACGAGUGCGGCCACGUGCUGUACGCCGACAUCAAGAUGGAGAAUGGGAAGUCCAAGGGGUGUGGUGUGGUUAAGUUCGAGUCGCCAGAGGUGGCCGAGAGAGCCUGCCGGAUGAUGAAUGGCAUGAAGCUGAGUGGCCGAGAGAUUGACGUUCGAAUUGAUAGAAACGCUUAAGCAGUUGCCUUUUUUAAACAUCGAUACGAGACCUCUGAAUUUGUAUUUUUUCUUGUUAACCAUUUUAAUUUGUUGGCUGGAUGUAUAAAGAUGUUUAAAAAAUUCAGUUGCUUUUUGGGGUAAUUUGAAUUACUUUUUUAAUGACUGGGGUUCCAUUUGACUGUUUGCAUUGAGAUUGCAAUGUGCGCAAUUUUUUUUGUAGUUGUGGCAUCUUGUUGACAUCGAAUAUGACUUUGAUAAUAAAUACCGGUUCCUGAAAA